AACUUGAAGACGGGAUGUUUGCAUCUUUCAGUAUCAGCAUCACAUUAUGACAGAUUCACAGCAUUAGAGAAUGUCACGUACUGUAUACAACUCAUUUGGGUACAAUUAAUCCAGCGCUCCAUCAUUUUACUCCAAUGUUUUUUUGUUCUUGAAUUUGAAACGAAGAAAUCCUGCUUCAUCUGCAUGAUUCCAAUGGGACUGACUGGUAUGAAUGUAGAUGAUGCUGGAGGAUGAAGUGCUCAGUUGUGAAAUCAUUGUUAUGUUCUGCACGAGCAGAUGCAGUCGACGUUCACAUCUUUCAACAAGGGCGCCGUUUCUGUUCUUAACAAAUAACCAUGCUGAUAAAACGAGGGUGAGGCAAAUGAGUCAACAAAGAAAACUCGUACUACAGGUUAUAGCUUUGGCCGGAGUAAACGGAAACUAUUUUCAUGGGGAUUUGUAGCCAGGGUUAAUCAUGUCAGUGGUGUAAACAAACGUCAGAUCAAAGAUGUGUGUUUAUCAUUAAGAGACCUCGUGGAUUGAAGGAGGAGUAACACUGUAGUACUGCUGUCUCCGCUCCGUGAAGUUUAGAAGGUACUGCAACACCAAGAACACAAAAGAAGAUAAUUUGAAAAAUGUUCAACACUGGCACCCAUUCACUUCUAUUGUAUGGAUCAAUGCAAGUGAUUAACAACAUUCUUCAAAAUAUCUUCUUGUCGUGUUCUGCCGGAAAAAGAAACUCAUACAGGUCGAGUAUAUGGUGACAGUAUUUUUAUUUUUGGGUCACAUUAAGAGUAAAUGUAGAGGUAAAGAGAUCGAUUUCUUUCGAGACAUACUGGUGUUGUUUUCACAACCAAUCAAUCACACCUAAGUUGCAUCCUAGCAACCAGAUGCUACUUGUCAUUCACAGAGUUCUGCAUGUGCUCCGCCCCUUUUUGGUUUGUUUUUUCACACAGAAACACACAGCGGGCAGCGGGGACCAGCCUGGAGGGCAGGAGAAGAAAACAACGAGAAACCAAACAAACAGAAGAAACGAGCAAGAAUACUGAGACUUGAUAUCAGACAUGUAUUUGUUGAGGCCAGAUAUGAAGCCUGAACAUGAGUUUUACCAGGAAUACAGCAAGGUAGAACUGGAAGAAUUGAUAGCCACCAAUCCAUAUGACUACAAACACUGUAAUCUAGAAAUGAAAAGACAUGAUCUGGCAUAUGCCAGGCCUAUUCAUGAGCCGGACGUCUGUAUUACAAUCAGUGGAAGAGAAAAUGUGGGCAGAUCUUUUCCUGGUGAUGAAGUCUGUGUGGAGAUUGAGAGCAGAGAACAGUCUCCGCAGGAAGGUGAAGUGCUAAAGGGAAAAGUCACUGGAUUGAUGAACAGAGAUAUAGACAACCUUACCUUCAUCUGUAGGAUGAUGGAACACCAAAACUUCCAAACUACCAAACUUGUCACGCCUGUUCACAAUAACAUGACCAGAAUAUUGACAAUUCAAAAAAUGUCUGGACACGUUGAAAUACGAGAACAGAAGAAUGGAUGGUGGGUGACGAAGCAAUUCAUUAAGGAUUCUGGGAAUCAUGAAAUGUUAUUUGUCAAGGUUAUGAAAUGGGAAAACAAAAAAUAUCCUCUCGGGGUGGUUACAGGAGUAAUUGAUGAUGCUGUUCAGCUUCUCAAGUUCCAGCUUGGCUGUAAAGAUCCGCCAUCAUUCAAACCACAAGAACCUGAAAAUGCUAAGAAAAGGAAAGAUUUGUGUGACGCCAUAACUUUCACAGUUGACCCUAGUACAGCUCAAGACCUGGAUGAUGCCAUUAGUGUUACUAAAAUCAAUGAUGACACCUACCAGAUAGGUAUUCAUAUCACAGAUGUGGCGAGUUGCAUUAAAAAAGAUAGUAAGCCAGAUGAAUUUGCCAGAGAACUUGGCAAAACCAUUUACACUCAAGAGAAGGAAGAGGUGACCUUCAUGUUCUCAAGAGAACUGAGUGAAGAGCAUUUAAGUUUGAUACCAGGAGAAAAACGUAAAGCCAUAUCUUUGCUAAUAGACAUUGACAAGGAAAUGAGCAAUAUUGUAUCCUGGCGCUUUGCUUUAACCCACGUUAUGUCUAAUGAACGUCUGUCAUAUGAAGAUGCAGACAAAAUAAUUCAGGAAUAUCGCUUCGAUACCACAGAGCCUCUGCAGUUCUCCGGCGUGGAGGACUGUGUAGCCGUUGCCUGCCAUUUCUCUGAAGUGCACAGAAAGUUCAGGUUGGAAGGGGGGUGGCCCUUAGAGAAGCAACCAGGGCAGAGUUGCUCUCACGCCAUGGUGGAGGAGCUCAUGAACCUCUACAAUAACGCUGUAGCUGAAGAACUCCUCUCUAAAGACAUCACAAGGGAUCUCACACCACUGAGGUGCCACAGGCAGCCAGAUCCCGAACAACUGGAACAGUUUCAGGAGAAAUACAGUGACCUAAUUCCCAUGUCACUUUACUUUUCAAGUAUGUGUGAAGCAACUGAGAGUAUCGGACAGGGUGCAGAGGAGGUUUGGUCAACGCUAGAAUUCAACAGUAUAAGGAAUAUCCGUGACAAUGACAAGGGGCAAGUCAUAUUGCUGAACAUUUUCACCUCUAUUUUUGAGAAAAUGGAAGUUUUUGCACAGAACAAAGACUACUACAGUCUGAUGCAAUUAUUAACUUCAGACGAAAUCCAUCCUACCCUUUGGCAUAUGGUACAGGAGUUUCAUGACAUUCAAAGAAAAGCUGUCAUUCUCCGGUCCUGCUCCUCAGUGGAUUCCAGAUUGGGCCAUUACGACUUGCGGCUGAACGCAUACACCUGGGCAUCAUCUCCUAUGAGGCGUUAUCUAGACCUGAUCCUACAGAGGCUUUUGCACACCAUCCUCUCUAAGAAUGAAAUAAAACAACCAGAUUACACAAAAGUUGAAAUCGACGAGUUCUGUCAAUCUGGAACAGAAGUAGAAGAGAAGCAUGAUGCUCAAGUUUUGAUGCUGAGGAAGAUUCAGCCUCCCUCUUUUAAAACCGUUGUCAGGCUAGCGGUGGUGGACCAGCUAAUCCGGGAUAAGCACGAUUUCACAAUAUCAUUUCCACUACAUCCCAUGUCAGAGGCUAUCGACAUCAUGUACAGACACCUUAAAGUUGUGUCUCAGCCUAAAUACAACGAAGAAAAUAAUUCCACUACUCUUGUUUGGAAGAGGCGAGUAUAUUCAUUCAAGUCUUCCCAGAUUUCAUAUAUAUCCAAGCCUAUCAAAAAUGUGAUCCCGGUGUCCGGUAACAUGUGGCAGAAGUUGUUAUCUGUCACGAAAGAAGAAGACUGGGCCAAGAUUGGGCAAUGCCUCCGUGACAUGAAAGCAGAGGCAAAAAAUGAAACCUCAAGCCUUGUGAAGGAUGAGACUUCUUCAACAGAGAAGCACCUGAAGGUACUAACCAUGGAACUGAAGCUAGGAAUGGUUGUUCAAGUGCAAAUUGGGACCGAACUCAAGGAUGGUUUUAAAGCACCUGUAGUGAAACUGCUCAACAUUAAUGAAAACUUUGAGAUCUGUUUGGAGCACUCAAGAAACCCUACUGAGUGCUUUUCCAGAGUAGUAUGCAAGGCAUCACAGCCCUCGUAUGGAAGCUACAAGGAGUACCAAAGCAUCUGGAGUCGACUCUGUCAGAUAGACACAGCUUACAAUGCUCUUGAAGAAAACAACAGUGUCCUAAUAGAGGAUGUGCCCAUUAAAUGGAUCGGGGACGAAAAGGGUCUUUUUCACAUAACGAAGACUCAAAAAAAACUAUGGUCUCUACAGUUUGACCUUAGGAAUUGCUUUCUAUGCAUCAGGCUUAGGCAUCAGAAAGAAGCGAACUGUAACAAAGGAGCGAAACCAUCAAAUUGUUCGGAAGAUUUGGACCUGCAGGGUCCACUACCUUUCACCUGGGUUGCACAUGGAGUAGCCACCAAAUCAAUGGAGCCGAAGGACAAAAACAAAGAGCAAGCAUCAGGCCAAAUUAAUUUUGAGAUCAUACAAAGCUCUAUGCAUGUCAUCCCACCUAAGGUUCUUGAUAGGAAAACAAGAUUCACCAUUGAAGUCAUUCCCAAAAAAAUUCCAUACCUACUAAGGGAACAAGCUGUUGCAAAGUUAGGACAAGCUAACGAACUGUUGAAAAGUGUUGCCACUGGACAACUUGAAGAUGUGAUUUGCGAUGAUGCAGAUCAAAAGAUCAGCUUGUACACCAUGGACAAGAGCCUGAAACUGCCCUCCUUGAAUAAAAGCCAACAAAGAGCAGUUGAGGAGGCUCUGAGGAAACCUUUCACAGUGAUCCAAGGCCCACCAGGUACAGGGAAAACAGUUGUUGGUAUUCACAUUGUUUACCAGUUUUUCAACAAAAACAAAGAGUUUCUAUCCACUUCCUCCGAUUCGUCAUGUGCAUCUCAGAAACAGCAAAAAAAGCCUGCUAUACUGUACUGUGGACCUUCCAACAAGUCUGUGGACAUUGUUGCAGAGCAGUUGUUGAAGCUAAAAGGAGUCCUCAAGCCUCUGAGAAUCCACUGCGAUCAGAUGGAAAUGCGCAUGUAUCCGUAUCCAGGCAGCGACCUAAAGCUUUGUCGCAAAUCCCUCCGUGAUGAAACACCAAAAGAGGAGCUCAGGGAUAUUACGCUGAUGUAUCUUGUCCGUAAGCCUGAAAACCCUUUUUCGGAAAAAAUUAAAGACUUUGAAAAAAACAUGACAGAGGAUCAAAUAGACAGCUACAGGAAACUGUUGAAAGAAGCUCAACAGCACGAGAUUCAGAAGUACGACGUCAUUCUGUGCACCUGCUCAUCAGCACUGAAUCCCAAUCUACAGGUGAUGGACUUCCGGCAGAUUCUCAUCGAUGAAUGUGCCAUGGCAACGGAGCCGGAGGCUUUCAUUCCUUUAGUUGCCCACAAUCCACAGCAGAUUGUGUUGAUGGGUGAUCACAAACAGACACGACCGAUAGUGCAGUGUGCCAUUGUUAAAAAGAUGGGCAUGCAGCAAUCUCUGUUUGAACGCUACAUGAAAUUGGCCUUAAUGUUGGACACACAGUACAGAAUGCAUGAAGAAAUUUGCAGGUUUCCGUCAGAGGAGUUUUACAAAGGCCAACUAAAAACAGCAGCUAAACGUGGACCCUGUUGCCUGCUGAACAAGUACAAGCUUCGUACGGCCAUCGUGUUUGGCCACGUUGACGGGAAAGAAGAAAGUUUGGUGGUGUCCACAGAACAGGGGAACGAGAACUCAAUGAAAAACGCUGAAGAGGCAAAGCAGGCUGUCCGUGUGGCAAAUCUUUUGAUCAAGCGUUCACGUGUCAACCCUGAUCAUAUUGCGAUUCUGACUCCAUAUAAUGCACAGGUGUCUAAUAUCCGAGAACAACUGCAGAAUUGUGACAUUGAAAAUGUCACCGUUUGCACAAUUAUGAAAAGUCAAGGGAGCGAGUGGCCGUAUGUGAUCCUCUCUACUGUCCGUUCCUGCUCUAUGACUGACACAGACAUGAACAGAUCCAGUCAAGCCUGGCUGUGCAAAAGACUCGGAUUUAUCACUGAUGAAAAUCUGGUUAAUGUGGCCAUAACACGUGCACAGGAUGGACUUUGCAUUCUGGGUAACAGUGACCUCUUAAGAUGCAGUGAUCUUUGGAAAAAGAUCCUGGAUCAUUAUGACAGAGAGGAGUGUGUGGUAAAUCCAGCUAGUGAUAUUCAGGUUCAAAGCGAGUGUGAAGCUGCCGACAGAGACACCGUUAAAUCCAGUGCAAUUUGACACUGGUGACCAAGAACCGUCCACUUAAGCCCUGUUCUACAUGAAGAACAGGGCUUCCACAGUAUUUUCAUGACUUCUUUGGGUCACAAUUCCCUAAUGUUUUGGACUUUCAGGCUCAUGAAAAGACUUUUUUAUCUUUACUUUGUUUCAUCAUGUUGAAGAUUAUGCUAUGAGAUUUAAAAACUCAAAACAGGUCAAGAUUAAGCACUUAAAUUGACUCAUUUAUAAAACAUUUUUAACAAAUUACUGACAUAAAAUGUGCACCCUGAUGUGGUCAAACAAACAUAUAUUUUAUGACUUCGAUUUAAAAAAUGCGUAAUGUGAGAAUUGAAAAUUGGGUUAAAAAAUAAAAAUCACCCUUCCACCCUGUUAGAAUACCUUAGACGACAGAGUGGAUCACGACAGGGUGGAUACGCUUAAGGAAAAAUCUGUCAUAGAUUGUGUGUGAAUGGCAUUUAGAAAACAAACAUCUCUAAUUCAUGCUGAUGAUUUUGUCCUUUUUAAUAUGAAUAUUUCCUAAGCCUACAUUUAUUUGAUAUGCAGCCAACUGAAAGGCAUCUAAAGCUCAGACAAACUAAACAAAUACUGUCCUAUCAAAUGUGAUUCUGUCUGUCAUGAUCCUGCCUUACCUUGUCACGCUUUUCUAGUCUUGUGGCAGGAUCAUGACAGUCCCACGUGUUUUGUGUGGAAGGAAGCACAUGGUCAUUGUUUGUUAUGAUGGCCAUGUACUCUACUGUCUCGUCUCUUGACCCCGCUCCCUUGUCUAGCUUCCCGCCAGUGUUUCAUUCCCCACACCUGCCUAUUGUAGCUAUCCCUUGUUAGUUCCCCUAGUUAAUGUCCUGUGCUGUUUCGUUUUGCCUUGUCGAUGUGCAUUACCUUCACUGAUCCUUGUUCCCGUAUACCUUGUCUAGUUCCUGCCUUGUGUCAAGUUUAGUUAAUCCUGUUUCUCUGUUUUGCCUCCUCGUGGGAAGUCUUUGUUUUGCAAUUGUUUUGUAGUUUUGAUUGUUCUGUUAAGGCUUUCACCCCUCGUGGGUCUUUAUUUUAUUAAUAAAAGUUUUGUGUUACCGUACCGCUGCCUGCACUGGGGUCCUCCAUCCUGACGUUCAUGACACUGUUUGUGAAAACCCAGCUAAAGUCAUUGUUUAACAUAAAAAAUCAUCCUACAUAACGUAGGGCUGUGCAAUUAAUCGAGAAUUAAUCGUAAUCGUCAAUUUUGGCCUUCAACAAUUACAAAAACAAAAUAAUCGAGGUAAAACGAUGA